CGCGUGGUCCUGCGGGGAAGAGCUGCUCGCUAGGUUUGCUUCCGCCGGACCUUCCCGUAAGGAUCGGCCGCCAAUUCUCAUUAGAAAAUGGGCCCGACGGGUCGCCUCGUGACCAUCAAGAGGAGCGGGCUGGACGGCCCCCACUUUCCCCUGAGCCUCAGCACCUGCUUGUUCGGGAGGGGCAUUGAGUGUGACAUUCGUAUCCAGCUUCCUGUCGUGUCCAAACAGCACUGCAAAAUUGAAGUCAAUGACCAGAAGGCAGUCUUGUUUAAUUUCAGUGCCACAAACCCAACACAGGUGAAUGGAUCUGCUAUCGACGGGCCCGUGCAACUCAGACACGGGGACGUGAUCACGGUCAUUGACCGCUCCUUCAGGUAUGAAAGUGACAGUCAUCAGAACGGAAGCAAGGCAACUGAAUUUCCAGGACAAAGACGUGAACAGGCAUCUCCGAGUUGGGUCUCAAGGUCUAGCUUCUCUUCCAACCCCGAUGGGAAAGUUCAAGAUCCCAGUGCUGCCUGCUCACAAGUCACUGAACAGGGUGGUUCAGGAGGGCCCCUGGAGCGCAGGGAGCAUGUCAGGGCGACCCGCACCCCCUCACGCGGCUCAGAAGGUCCCACUACCAAAGGCACAGCAGAUGUUGGUUCCUCAGAGCCCCCUGGAGAUAACCACGGAAACGCAGCCGGGCCCCCUGCUGGGGGAUUUGGAGCAGGUUCCUGUGUGACCCCCCUGAGCUGGAAUGGGGGACAGGGUCUGGAGAAGGACAGAGAGAAUGAGUCUCCCUUUCGGAAGCUCUAUGAGUCUAUGAAGGAAGAGUUAGAUGUGAAGGAGGCUGUUCUACAGAAUCGUAGGAAAUCGGGAGCACGGGGUCAUCGUGCAUCAGACGCCGGAAGCACUGGCGGUUCACAGAGCGCGACUCAACCACGGGUCUCGCCCAAGUCCAGGCGGAGAUCUGGUCGGAGCAGCCAGACGGAGGCAGAGAGAGCGGGUGAGGGGCCGGCUCACACUCUCGAGGCCACAGCAAGUCCCACCAUCCCCCCCACAGAGAUGACCAAAGCCAAGACCCCAGUCCAAUGUUCACAGCCCAAUUCCUCCCGGAGACGCCGGAGCGGAGACCUGAGUGUCACCCCUGGGGGUGAACCUGUGAGUCUGCAGCAAAGCAAAGACCUCGGGGCAGGCAGUGCCGCGUCUGCUCCCAGGAGGCUCUCAGCCAGACAGCAAACACCCGCCAAAGGAGAAAGCGCUGGCGACCUUGGAAACACAGCAGAAAAAGUCUUUUCCAGAAAAAGGAGAAGGAGCCUGUCUCCCAGUGUCGGUAUUCUCACCACAGGAACAGACAUUCCAAAGCAGACCCUGCUCUCCCCGCUGCUGGUCCCCGCGGAGCGGAAGGUUCCAGGCCGGGCCCUGGGCACGCCCAGGCAGCAGGGCACCCCCGGGUCACCAGGCCUCGGUGCAUUGGAUGUCAGCAACGUUGGCGAUUCCCUUCAUAAGACUGAGGGGAAGCCCUUCAAAAGAAGGCGGGUCUCCUUCGGGGGUCACCUGAGACCUGAAUUAUUUGAUGAAAACUUACCUCCUAAUACGCCUCUCAAAAGAGGAGAAACGCCGAUGACAAGACGCUCUCUGGUCACCCACACUCCGCCCGUCCUGAAGAAAAUCAUCAAGGAACAGCCUCCGCCAUCAGAAAAGGGAGGAUCUUCAGAAAUCCGUUUGGAAGUGACCACGCAAAACAGGUUUACGAGCUCCCCAGUGCACAGUCCUCCGAAAACGUCUCCACUUGCAAAUGAUGGUCGCCGGCGGUCCCUCAAAUCGCCUGCCUCGAGUGGCAGCAAAUCUCCACAUCGAACAGAUGCUCCUCAGAGGGGAGGGAGGCGGAGCAGCAGCGGGCCUGCCAGGAGGGCCUCGGUGGACCGCAGCCAGCAUGGAAUCCUGCAGACGAUUCAAUCCCGACGGCGGAGCGGAGCCUCAGAGGCCAAUUUGAUGGUGGCGAGAUCGUGGGCAGACGUCGUGAAACUUUGUGCCAAACAAACGCAAACUAAAGUCGUGAGACAUGGUCCUCCAAGACCGCCGAGCAAAAGGCAGAGAAGAAUGAACACCCCAAAGAAGCCUCUGGGCAGUGUUCACAACGAGUUCAGUACAGGCCACGCCGCCUCUCCCUGCACCAUCGUGAUAGGGAAAGCUCACAUCGAAAAGGUCACCGUGCCAGCUCGGCCCUACAGAAUGCUGAACAACUUCGUGAUCAACAAAAAAAUCGACUUCAGUGAAGACCUUUCAGGGUUAACUGAAAUGUUCAAGACCCCAGCAAAAGAGAAGCCACAAACAAUCAACAUAGGUCCCACCACUUUUUCAAAUUCAGAGGACUUGCUUGGGAAAAAGUUUCAAGCACUUAAUUCAGAAGAAAAAGCUCUGCUCUGCACCCCAGGAAAGUUUGGAGAAAAUGUGUUCCUCGGGGCUCAGAAUGCACCAGAAGAGCCAUGGGAUAAACAGUCUUCAAGCCCAGCCUUAACACAACAGUAUGUUACAGUAAAUGGAAAUAUGAAAACCCCACGAUCUGAGACAGAGCCUCCGAAGGCGGCAUCCAGUACAAACAAAUCCAGGAGGUCCGUGGAGCUCAGAAAUAUACAGGUGACGAGUACAGAAUGUGAAAAGGAUGACAAAGAAGUCGACACUGUUCAGAACAUCUUGGGAAGAUGUCUGAGAAAAUCAUCAGUACAAGCACAACUACCAGAGGGAGAGAUGAAGGAAAGGGAAAGAUCCUUUGAAACAUGUAAGAAAUAUAUUGAACCUAAAGAAAAUUCUGAAAAACUGAUCACUGUGAGGAGAUCAAGAAGAUCAUCAGAGCUGCAAUGUACACCAAGAGCAGGCCUGAUCCGCAUCCAGAGAUUGCAAGAGACAGAAUCCAAGGAAGACCUGGAGGGCAUCCACAGUUUCCUCCAAAACCCACGUCAUGCUGAGGAACCAGUGGGUACAGAAGCCAAAACCAUACUGCUGCACUGCAAAUCUCCACCACCAGUCAGCACACCAACCAAGGUGAACACACGUAUCAAGACUCCUUCCCAGAGAGUGAAUGUAAAAGAUCUCUCAGACCUCAAGAAGCCCACACAAACCCCAGGGGACACAACAGAUACACAAAAAGAACCAGUAGGUGGUAACAAAAGCAUGAAAGAAUUUAAGGAAGCUCCAGAACAGAAACUGGAUUCAUCAGAAAAUGUAACUAGAAGCAGGAGGAGGUCAAGAACACCCAAGAGGAAGGUUCAACCCAUAGAAGACCUGACGGGCUUCAAAGAGCUCUUCCAAACACCAAUUCACAUCGCAGAAACAGUGAUUGAUGACAAAACCACCAAAACACCCUGCAGAUCUCCAAAACCAGAACCAGUCAGCACACCAACCAGCACAAAGAGACGUUUCAGGACACCUCUGGGGAAAGUGGACGUGGAGGAAGAGCUCUCAUCACUCAGGAAACCAACACCGAGGGGAAACCACACACUCGCACAGAGAGCCAGAAGGUAUGAUAAAGGUAUCAAAGCAUUUAAAGAAACUCCAAAACAGAAACUGGACUCAGCAGAAAAUGUGAUUGGGAGCAGGAGAUCAAGAACACCAGAUCAUAUGAUGGAAUCAUUGACUGUUGACAAAACCACCAAAACACCCUGCAGAUCUCCAAAACCAGAGCCAGUCAGCACACCAACCAGCACAAAGAGACGUUCCAGGACACCUCUGGGGAAAGCGGACGUAGUCGAUGAGCUCUCAUCACUCAGGAAGCCAACACCAGACCAAGGGAAACCACACUCGCACAGAGAGCCAGAAGGUGAGGAUAAAGGUAUCACAGCAUUUAAAGAAACUCCAGAACAGAAACUGGACUCAGCAGAAAAUGUGAUUGGGAGCAGGAGGAGGUCAAGAACACCCAAGAGGAAGGUCCAACCCAUAGAAGACCUGACUGGCUUCAAAGAGCUCUUCCAAACACCAAUUCACAUCACAGAAACAGUGACUGAUGAUAAAAUAACUAAAACACCUUGCAAAUCUCCAAACUCAAAACUAGUUAUCACACCAACCAGCUCAAAGAGGUGUUUCAGGACACCUCUGGGGAAAGUGGACUUGCAGGAAGCGCUCUCAGCACUCAGUAAGCCAACACUGAGACCAGGGGAAGCCACACAUUCACACAAAGAGCCAGAAGGUGAUGGUAAAAGCACUGAGUUAUUUAAGGAAACUCCAAAGCAGGAACUGGACUCCGCAGAAAAUGUAACUGGAAGCAGGAGGCGGUCAAAAACACCCAAGAGGAAGGUUCAACCCAUGGAAGACUUGGGUGGCUUCAAAGAGCUCUUCCAAACACCAAUUCACAUCGCAGAAACAGUGACUGAUGGCAAAAUCGCUAAAACACCCUGCAAAUCUCCAAAAUCGGAGCCAGUCAGCACACCAACCAGCACAAAGAGACGUUUCAGGACACCUCUGGGGAAAGUGGACGUGGAGGAAGAGCUCUCAUCACUCAGGAAACCAACACCGAGACCAAGGGAAACCACACAGUCGCACAGAGAGCCAGAAGGUGAGGAUAAAGGUAUCACAGCAUUUAAAGAAACUCCAAAACAGAAACUGGACUCAGCAGAAAAUGUGAUUGGGAGCAGAAGAUCAAGAACACCCAAGAGGAAGGUCCAACCCAUAGAAGACCUGACUGGCUUCAAAGAGCUCUUCCAAACACCAAUUCACAUCACAGAAACAGUGACUGAUGAUAAAAUAACUAAAACACCCUGCAAAUCUCCAAAACCAGAACCAGUCAUCACACCAACCAGUUCAAAGAGGUGUUUCAGGACACCUCUGGGGGAAGUGGACGUGCAGGAUGCGCUCUCAGCACUCAGUAAGCCAACACUGAGACCAGGGGAAGCCACGCAUUCGCACAAAGAGCCAGAAGGUGAUGAUAAAGGUAUCAAAGCAUUUAAAGAAACUCCAAAACAGAAACUGGACUCAGCAGAAAAUGUGAUUGGGAGCAGGAGGAGGUCAAGAACACCCAAGAGGAGGGUCCAACCCAUAGAAGACCUGGCGGGCUUCAAAGAGCUCUUCCAAACACCAGAUCCGAUCAUGGGAGCAGUGACUGAUGAUAAAAUAACUAAACCACCCUGCAAAUCUCCAGAACCAGAACCAGUUAUCACACCAGCCAGCACAAAGAGACAUUCCAGGACACUUCUGGGGAAAGUGGACGUGAAGGAAGAGCUCUCAUCACUCAGGAAGCCGACACCAGGGGAAACCACACACUCGCACAGAGAGCCAGAAGGUGAGGAUAAAGGAAUCACAGCAUUUAAAGAAACUCCAAAACAGAAACUGGACUCAGCAGAAAAUGUGAUUGGGAGCAGGAGGAGGUCAAGAACACCCAAGAGGAAGGUCCAACCCAUAGAAGACCUGACUGGCUUCAAAGAACUCUUCCAAACACCAGAUCAGAUCAUGGGAGCAGUGACUGAUGAUAAAAUAACUAAAACACCCUGCAAAUCUCCAAAACCAGAACCAGUUAUCACACCAACCAGCACAAAGAGACAUUCCAGGACACCUCUGGGGAAAGUGGACGUGGAGGAAGAGCUCUCAUCACUCAGGAAGCCAACACCGAGACCAAGGGAAACCACACAGUCGCACAGAGAGCCAGAAGGUGAGGAUAAAGGUAUCACAGCAUUUAAAGAAACUCCAGAACAGAAACUGGACUCAGCAGAAAAUGUAACUGGAAGCAGGAGGAGAUCAAGAACACCCAAGAGGAGGGUCCAACCCAUUGAAGACUUGGUUGGCUUCAAGGAGCUCUUCCACACACCAGAUCACAUCAUGGAAUCAUUUACUGUUGACAAAACCACCAAAAUACCUUGCAAAUAUCAAAACCCAGAACCAGUCAUCAUGCUAACAGGUAGAAACAGACGUGUCAAAGCACCUCAAGGCAAAGUGGUUGUAGAAGAUGAGGUCUCGGCACUCAGAAGGCCCACACGCGCACUGGGGAAAACCACAAGGUCCCACAGAGCACCAGAGGUUGCUGAUAAAGAUACCAAAGUGUUUAUGGAAAUUCCAGAAGAGAAAUCGGACCCUGCAGAAAAUGUAACUGAAAGCAAGAGGAGGCCAAGGGCACGUAAGGAAAAGGCCCAGCCCCUAGAAGACCUGGCUGGCCUCAAAGACAAACCAGAGACUGUUGUCAAAACCACUGAAAUGCCCUCCAGAGCUCCACAGCCAGAAGCAGUCAUGCCAGUGCGCAGGAAGAGGCAGGUCAAGGCGCCUCCCGGGAACGUGGACAUGGAGGAAGAGCUUUCAGCUCCCAGGAAGCCCACACGGACGUCAGUGAAAACCACGCGGUCCUGCAGAGCACCAGAGGUUGCUGAUAAAGAUACCAAAGUGUUUAUGGAAAUUCCAGAAGAGAAAUCGGACCCUGCAGAAAAUGUAACUGAAAGCAAGAGGAGGCUAAGAACACGUAAGGAAAAGGCCCAACCCCUAGAAGAUCUGGCCGGCCUGAAAGAGCCCUUCCAAAUACCAAGUCACAGAGAAGAAUCAGUGACUGUGGUCAAAACCACUGAAAUGCCCUCCAGAUCUCCACAGCCGGAAGCAGUCUUGCCAGCGCGCAGGAAGAGGCAGGUCAAGGCCCCUCCCGGGAAGGUGGACAUGGAGGAAGAGCUCUCAGCUCCCAGGAAGCCCACACGGACGUCAGAGAAAACCACGAGGUCCUGCAGAGCACCAGAGGUUCCUGAUAAAGAUAUCAAAUUGUUGAGGGAAAUUCCAGAAGAGAAAUCGGACCCUGCAGAAAAUGUAACUGAAAGCAAGAGGAGGCCAAGGGCACGUAAGGAAAAGGCCCAGCCCCUAGAAGACCUAGCUGGCCUCAAAGACGAACCAGAGACUGUUGUCGAGACCACUGAAAUGCCCUCCAGAUCUCCACAGCCAGAAGCAGUCAUGCCAGCGCGCAGGAAGAGGCAGGUCAAGGCGCCUCCCGGGAACGUGGACAUGGAGGAAGAGCUUUCAGCUCCCAGGAAGCCCACACGGACGUCAGUGAAAACCACGCGGUCCUGCAGAGCACCAGAGGUUCCUGAUAAAGAUAUCAAAUUGUUGAAGGAAAUUCCAGAAGAGAAAUCGGACCCUGCAGAAAAUGUAACUGAAAGCAAGAGGAGGAGGAAGGUUCAACCCAUGGAAGACUUGGUUGGCUUCAAAGAGCUCUUCCAAACACCAAUUCACAUCGCAGAAACCGUGACUGAUGACAAAAUCGCUAAAACACCCUGCAAAUCUCCAAAAUCAGAGCCAGUCAGCACACCAACCAGCACAAAGAGACGUUCCAGGACACCUCUGGGGAAAGUGGACGUGGAGGAAGAGCUCUCAUCACUCAGGAAGCCAACACCGAGACCAAGGGAAACCACACAGUCGCACAGAGAGCCAGAAGGUGAGGAUAAAGGUAUCACAGCAUUUAAAGAAACUCCAGAACAGAAACCGGACUCAGCAGAAAAUGUAACUGGAAGCAGGAGGAGAUCAAGAACACCCAAGAGGAGGGUCCAACCCAUUGAAGACUUGGUUGGCUUCAAGGAGCUCUUCCACACACCAGAUCACAUCAUGGAAUCAUUUACUGUUGACAAAACCACCAAAAUACCUUGCAAAUAUCAAAACCCAGAACCAGUCAUCAUGCUAACAGGUAGAAACAGACGUGUCAAAGCACCUCAAGGCAAAGUGGUUGUAGAAGAUGAGGUCUCGGCACUCAGAAGGCCCACACGCGCACUGGGGAAAACCACAAGGUCCCACAGAGCACCAGAGGUUGCUGAUAAAGAUACCAAAGUGUUUAUGGAAAUUCCAGAAGAGAAAUCGGACCCUGCAGAAAAUGUAACUGAAAGCAAGAGGAGGCCAAGAACACGUAAGGAAAAGGCCCAGCCCCUAGAAGACCUGGCUGGCCUCAAAGACGAACCAGAGACUGUUGUCAAAACCACUGAAAUGUCCUCCAGAUCUCCACAGCCAGAAGCAGUCAUGCCAGCGCGCAGGAAGAGGCAGGUCAAGGCGCCUCCCGGGAAGGUGGACAUGGAGGAAGAGCUCUCAGCUCCCAGGACAUCAGGGAAAACCACGCGGUCCCACAGAGAACCAGUAGACGUCAAGGUGUUCAAGGAAUCUCCAAGGCAGAAACUGGGUCCUGCAGAAAACACCGAGGGCAGCAAACGCCAGCUAAGAUCACGGAAGGGAAAGGCCCAGCCCCCAGAAGACCCAGCCUGCUGCCAACAACCCUUGCAAAGCUCAGUUCAGGAUGAGGAACUGGGCAUAGGAGCUGAGAGCGUUAGAACUCCAACGCAAGCACCCGGCCAAAGCAAACCUGCAAAGCCCAGAAGAGUCCUCUGGGCCCUGGACGUAAAGCCCGAGGAAGACCAGGUGGGCAGCAGAGACCCUGUAAAAUCCAAAAGGGGGAGCAGCGUUUCCCUGCCCCCCAAGAGGAAGCGUGAAGAUGGAAGUCCCACCAGAAUGAGGAGGCUGCGCACUAGCACACGAGCACAGGACCCUGCAGAGAAGCCGCCACUGAAGAGGCAGCGGGCAGCUCCCCAAGAGAGGUGUGAGCCGCCUGAACCCCUGGGCGUGAAGAAGAGGCGGGGAGCUUUGGCAGAAAGCACAGAAGACAUGCCCAGCGAGGACAUGAAAACUAAGAAUAGGGGCCGAAGAGCACCGGGGGCAACCUCCCCAGGCAAGGAAAUGUCGCUGCGUUCCAGACUCCCAAAUAAAGCCAGCAGCGCUGAGCAGACACCUGAGGGUCUCCUAACAGUGGACAAGGUGAAAACAAAGAGGAGUGGGAAGAAGCCCGUGACGGCCUCCCCAGAGGCCGAGAGUCAAACCCCAGAAGAUGGAGCCAGGAGCUCUGCAUCGGGGGACACGGUCCGUGAGAGGAGAACACGCCAGAGACCCGGGAGACAGGGGAAGGCGCCCUUGCCCAGCGCGGCCGGGGAGACAAGCGUGGAAACCCACGUGAAGACUCGGGAAGAGAGAGGAGCCCAACGUGCAGCCUCCACACACGUGAGGUCAAGAAAGGUGACAGUCCCUCCCACCGGGGACACUUCGGAGAGUCAGCCCAAACCGAGAGUGACGCGGAGCGCCAAGAGGCCUGCGGAAAAGUCACAGCAGGAGAACGACGACGUGGGCGUCAAGAAAAUAAGGACCCGAAGCCGCCGGGGCCGUGACGAUGUUUAGCUCAGACGUUGGGGGGGGGGGGGGGGGGGGGGAGUAGGAAUGUAGUUUAGUGAUAAGUUCUAGAACAACGUUUGCUGUGAAUUUAAACAUGGAUUCUGUAAAUAAUGCUAUCCGGGUGCUUAAGGGAAGAAAGCUUUUAAAAAAUUUCUCAUUCUCAAUAGUCUAUUCAAAAACCCCGCCUGGAGUUAUGAAGGGGGACUCCUGGGUCCCCAGAAAUAACAACUUAAGGCAGGUGGGGGUGGGAGGGGAGUCUGAGCCAAGCUGUACCCUUCAACUUUGCCAAUGCAGCCCUGAAGUCGACCUCUCCCAGUCAGCCCCGCCCCGUCCCAGGCUCUAGCACUUGCAUUGUAAAUGCUUCUGUGUUUGUCUGUGUCCCCGUCAGGACCCCAAAGGCAGGGCCCUCGGGAAGCGAUAGGAAGGGGUAAGGGAAGACUCCUGGUGCUUAUAGAUGUGUCUUCACAGUGCAGAGGCCUGUGUCAGUGCCCUGGGGUUGGGUGUCUGCACAGGGCAGGCUCGUCCGGGACUCCAGUCACUCAGGGAAUAAACGCGACCCGGAGGAUGGCCUGUGACCCCAUCUUCAGGGCGCAGCAGUCAGACAGACAUCUCGGGGCCAACUGGUGGCAUGCCUUUUUCACGUGGUAUUUGCCUAAACUAGGACUGCGCUCAUCUGAGAAGGACCCAUCCACCCUCCCAUCAACCAGGGGCUCGGUUCUCAGACUGACACCGUCUUAGCUCCUUGUGUCAGGCUCCCAGAUAAAACGACGGAGCUGAGCAGACCUGGGUUCUCACAUCAGCAGAACAGGUUACCGUUUUCUGAGCUUCUGCUGGCCCUGGCCCCACCUGUGCUUUUUCUGGCUCACUGUCGGCCUAGGGUGCUCUGCACCCACCGGGGACAGGAAGCAACACGAGCCGUCCUAGCGCAAGGCCAUUUCUGACGGCAGCAGGCACCAGGGUCUGUCCCCGAGGGCCUGCGCUCUCGUUGCAAGGCCGUACCUCCCAAUGGAGGGCAUACCCCCCAGUGGAGGCUGUACUUCCCAGUUGCAGGUCAAGUCCAGACUUCCUUCCGUUUCAGGCCUAGACGUGCAUCUAACUGCUGGCAUCUCUGUUUUUAUGUUCCACUGUGUCCUGUCCCUGUGUGUCCCCUGGUCAGAAAAUAGCACACUUCCGUCCAGUCGCCUCCCCAUUCACCGGCCUUGCCAGUCUGAGGAGAGAAUGGAAGACGAGGUGGCUGUCCCCGAGUGUGAGUGUAAGGGCCGUGCCUGUCUGUGCCCUCCUGUCCUCUGUUUCUGGCGUGGAGCCAUGUUCAUAUAAAAAUAAACCUUUGUUAAUCAACUGA